AUGCCGUUUCUAGACCAAUAUGCUCACAUACUCCUUCAACACGCGACCAUCCCACACGAAACAUUCCUCAACAAAGAAACAAAGACCCUGGUGGAUGGCCUUGAGGGUGUAUUUGACAUUGAUGACUUUUGCUGGGCUCUUGAAGAUUUGCUCCAAACUAUCUACGCUGAUGCCUGGGCCAUAGGUGUUGGUAUCAUUCUGAUUAUACAUAUGGGUACCCUGUCUGCCGGUGUGGAAUUUCUACUUGAUAUUGUGAGAAGGUGGCCUCGCAGAUCGCACGCCUGUGACGUUCCAGAAGAGCUUGAUGCGAAGCAUACAAAAGAACUAUCGUGCCAACCAUUGGACUUGAAGUGGCUGGACAAGCUCAGAAAUGACAUUGAGAGAUUUGGUUUGCGUAACCAUACACAACCCAAACUCGGCGAGAUCACCAAUCUGACAACCAUGGUCCCCGUAGCCAUACAGGGCGUCACUCGUCUAGCCGGAUUUGCUGGUAUACCAACCCCGCCGAACCAGAACGGCUUUCUCUCAUACCUCGGCAUUCACAGCCCACCCAAAACCCUCCCCGCAGCCGACAUCCAAAGCCUCACAUCCAUCAUACAGAAUCUCAUCGGCAUCGCCUCCGCAGCCUCAACAUUCGCAGCACGCCAACAUGACGUCCUCUCGCAAGAAGACGACUUCAGAACCUGGCUAACAUUAGGUGAGAAGUAAUAGGACGGGCAAUGGUGUUUACAGCCGGAGUGUCCUGUACCAGAUGCUGAUGAUGCGGUGCUUGUGGGGAUGGAGAUGCCUACCGCGGAGGAGACGUAUGUGUUUUAAUAUGAGACGUUGGACUUUAUACGGAAGAUGAAUCGUGCAAAUGAGCGGUUUUUUAAACAAUUUAAAGGAGGAGAGUUUUUUUGAGCACAUAUGGAAGUCCCUCUUCAAUGGAAAUUGACAUCACUUGAAGUAUAUUUUAUAUCACAUGAUUUCGAUCCACAGUAACUAGAGC